GCCAUUCCUAUAUCACUUUCCCUUCCCUUCUUUGCCUCUUUCGUAUCGUAUCCACCACCCUCUCUCACUUCAUAAUAUCUCAUACAUCAUAUAUCUAUCUAUAUAUAUGCGCAUACAUAUCAUUUAAUUUCAGAUUCAGAACCAUAUAGAAGCACUUUUUUGGGUUCAUAUUAUAAUAAUUAAUAAUGAACGACCUUCCAAAAUACGAAGCCAAUAGUAGUGCUCUGAGCCCCAUAAAUUUCUUGAAGAGAGCAUCAGCAUGCUAUGCCAACCAAACCUCAGUCAUUUAUGAAGGAACUCACUUCACGUGGCAACAAACCUACGAACGUUGUCGCCGUCUUGCUUCUUCUCUCCGUUCCUUCAACAUUGCCAAGAAUGAUGCUGUGUCAGUGGUGGCCCCUAACAUUCCGGCAAUGUAUGAGAUGCAUUUUGCUGUGCCAAUGGCAGGUGGUGUACUCAACACCAUUAACACUCGUCUUGAUGCUCAUAACAUAGCCACAAUUCUCAAUCAUUCCGAAGCCAAAUUCUUCUUUGUGGACUAUGAAUAUGUCUCCAAGGCAAAAGAAGCACUUCAAUUACUCAACAAUUAUGCCCCCAAAUAUUUUCCACUCGUCAUUCUCAUACAAGACACAAAUUUAGAAAGUAACUCAUCACCCACCAAAAUUACCAAGUUUGGUGAUGAUCAUUAUGAAUAUGAACAAUUGAUCCGAAAGGGUGACCCAAAUUAUGUCCCAAUUGAAAUCAAAGAUGAAUGGGAUCCAAUUGCAUUGAAUUAUACAUCAGGGACUACCUCGUCACCCAAAGGAGUUGUCUACACUCACAGGGGAACAUUUCUUAGUACCUUAAGCAACAUAUUAACAUGGGGUAUGGGAACACAACCGGUUCUCCUAUGGACACUACCCAUGUUCCAUGGUAAUGGGUGGGCCUUCACCUGGGGUGUGGCGGCGCGUGGCGGCACCAAUGUGUGCCUACGUUACACUACAGCCGGCAACAUUUUUAGAAACAUUUCGGAUCAUCACGUGACACACAUGUGUUGCGCCCCUAUAGUCUUUAGUAUUAUCUUGGAAUCCAAGGAAAGCGAGCGCCGGCAGAUUAAAUCCCCGGUGCAAAUCUUAGCCGCAGGAUCGCCUCCGCCGGCGACUCUGCUCCAUCAGAUUGAGUUAAUUGGGUUCCACGUCACACAUUGCUACGGGUUGACUGAGUCAACAGCGGCCGCGCUUUCGUGUGAAUGGAACCACGAGUGGAACAAACUACCAAGAGAGGAACAAGCAAGGUUGAAAUCGUUUCAAGGGAUUGGAUCACUGAUGCUUGAGGAUGUGGAUGUGAAGGAUUUGGAAACAAUGGAGAGUGUGAAAAGGGAUGGGAAAACAAUGGGGGAGAUUGUGUUAAGGAGUAGUGGACUAAUGAAAGGUUACUUGAAGGACAAGCAAUCAACUUUUGAGGCAUUUAAAAACGGUUGGUUCCACACUGGAGACGUAGGGGUUGUGCAUCCUAACGGUUACAUACAAAUCAAGGAUAGGUGCAAGGAUAUAAUCAUUUCUGGAGGAGAAAACAUAAGCAGUAUUGAGGUGGAAUCUGUUCUGUAUAGGCAUCCCAAGAUAUCGGAAGCCGCGGUGGUUGGAAUGCCACACCCAAGAUGGGGGGAGAGCCCUUGUGCAUUUGUGGCAUUGAAGAAGGUGACAGAUUGUGGUGGAGUGAGUGAGGAUGAGAUUAUUGCAUAUUGUAGGGAGAAUUUGCCUCACUACAUGGUUCCAAAGAUGGUCAAGUUUGUGGAGGAGCUUCCAAAGACUUCAACCGGUAAGGUUCAGAAGUUUGAGUUGAGGGAAAUCGCUAAGGCAUUCGUGGAAUCAGAGAACAACACCAAUUACAAGAAUAAUGUUUCACAAGCUGUGUCUCGCCUUUAAUUUGAGGAAUAAUAAUGAUAAAUGUAUUAUUUUGUGUA